UUAGACAGAAAUUUAUAGGAGGUUUAAAGAUGGCGGUCUUGUUGUGAUCCGAUCUCAAAGGAAAACCGUGUCAAAUCACAGCGUUCUCACAGGAUUUUGGCCCGACGCACCAUUCGAGGCGUCGAUUUCGAGCACGGACUCAUCCCCCAACGUGGACAUGUGCAUUUAGUCGCGCUUCUGAAGCGGGGGCUCGCGAUUCGGCCGCGCAAACUGCAAUAGAAGCGAGUGACAGCUACAGGCACUUCCGUCGGCGCCCGAUUCGGCCGAAAUGCACCAACCGAGAAGGCGGCGAAUGCCGCACAACUUCACCUACGUCAGCGCUUGCAACAAAUACAUGAUCUUCCUCCUCAAUUUCUUAUUUUGGUUGCUUGGCGGCUUGAUGGUCGCCAUCGGCCUCUAUGCAUUUGUGGACAAGUGGCAGAAUAUAGGAUCAGUGAAACUGUCCAGCUUCUACGACGUGUUCCUCAACAUUUCCCUCGUGUUGGUUAUCAUGGGCGCUAUCAUCUUCCUCAUGAGCUUCACAGGGUGCAUAGGAGCCCUCAGAGAAAACACCUGCCUUCUUAGAUUUUACUCCUUCUUCCUGCUGGUGUUCUUCCUCCUGGAAAUGUUCAUAGCCGUUGCCGGCUUCGUCUUUCCGCACAAAAUGCAAGGGCUGCUGGACGAGCAGUUCUCGGACAAAAUCAUCACUAGUUACCGUGAAGACCCUGACCUCCAGAACCUCAUUGAUUUUGGGCAGAAAGAGUUUCGUUGCUGCGGUUUGAGCCACGGCGGCUACUUGGACUGGUCCAAAAAUGAGUACUUUAACUGCAGCUCGCCGAGCGUGGAGAGCUGCGGUGUGCCAUUCUCGUGUUGCAUCAACGCGACUGAUAUUACGGGUGGUCUCGUGAACAUAAUGUGCGGUUACGGAGUCCAGAAAGUUACUGCCUCUGAAGCUGCAAAGAAAAUCUACACGACCGGUUGUGUGGAAGAAGUGAGAGUUUGGCUAGAAAGAAACCUGUACACCAUUGCCAGCGUGGCGCUGGGCGUUGCUCUGGCUCAACUGUUUGUCAUAUACCUGGCGAAAACGCUGGAGGGCCAAGUGGAGCUGCAGAGGUCGCGGUGGAGAACAUGAGAGGAAAUUGUGAUGGUUCCGCCGUGCUCGUACUAUCAGUGGGUUUGAUGUAGCGAAUUAUACGUGUCGUCGGAAUCACAAUCUUUUUAACACAAAAAUUUGAGUGGGGUUAUAGACGUAUCCAUGUGGACUCUCGCUGAAUGAUAUUUAAUUUUUUACCUAAGUGAGCAUUCGUUUGAAAAAACAAUCAAGUUCUGCCAAAGGUAAUUGAGCAAGAAAAAAAUGAAAUGAAAAUAAAAACACGCAGACGAAGCGCCAUGAUGCUUUUCUGUAAAUACUUUUGAGCGCUGAAGUGAUCCCGUCAUGUUCUUUUUGCGGAGACUGCACUCUCUAUUUUGGGAUAAAUCAAUCAAAGCACAUGAUCGUUUGCACACGCGAUAAUAAACCUUGGAUGUAGCAGCAUUAGCGUUGCCAACAACAAUUCUCCAAAUAGACCAUUUCACACAAUUUUUGGAAUGUUAAUUGUGAUUAUAGGGUUAUUCUGUUUCCUGUCUAAAUUUGAUGCCACGUGUCGAGAGACAAUGUUGUAUGAAAAAAGGCAGGGUUCCGAGUUAUGUAUCGAACAGGUUAAAACCAGAUCAUAAAACCCGGAUUUUCGGGUUUUUCAUUUCACGUAGCAUAAAAAAAUUAUCUGACAGUGACAUAAAAGUCGUCUUAAACCCUGUUUUAGCCUGUUAAACCCAGUGCGCCGGGUUGUUCGGAACCCUGGAAAAGUAUCAACUCCCUCCAUUUCGGUGACUCGAUUCGAGAUAACAAAAAAAUCCUCGUGCAUUGUUGCUGUUUGUAUUUAAAGUUAGAUUGGUUUCGCUGUUCGUGCAGUACAAAACGAGCGCAUUGCAGGCAUUGUUCCAAUGUGAUGACUCAGCCGACGUGAUAUUCGGGAGGACCAUUUCAUUCUUUCUCCACCUCCACUCAACUCAUGAAACAAUUCCUCAAUUUGCCAGGCAUUCAAUUGCAUUUUUUUCAUUUCAUUUGUCCCUCAGCAUUCCUCGUUGUUCCCUGUGAUUAAUUAACUUCUUUCAAGCGCGUGGGCGUUGGACCCAGGUUACUCGUCGUGAAUUAUUUUCCCAAAUUUUAAUUGUUUCCUCGAUCCAACGGACAAACUUCCCUUUGACUCAAAGAAGGCCUUAUUUAUCACAGGUUCCUUAAAUUUCGAUGUUCGUCAUAUGUGAUCUGCUUUUGUGGUCUCAUUUAAUUAAGCAAUAGACGCGCGCGCAUAAUUAUAUUGAAAGUGACAAUGAAUCAGUUUAACCAGUUUUAAGUUAUCGUAUGCAUUUGCGUUGUGGACUAAGGCUUGAAAAUAAUUUGCAGAUUAUAAGUGACAGAUUGUGUACAGAGCUUUAAUUACCCGUUUGAUUAUUUCUUUCGUGUACCUUGAGUUGAAAAACAAAAACGAUGCGACUCAUCGGGGGUGACGUACAUUUAAGAAUAAUAUGAUUGUAAGUUAAAUUUAAUGCAUGUGUCAAAUUAUUGCUAAAUUGUAUUGACUAUAUUAUAAUAUCUGGAUAUAAAUGCAUUAUAUUUAUACCUGAA